AUGAUGCGCGUGGUGAGGACAUUGAAAUCUUUCCGCUCUGUCCGGCUGCUACGGACUUUCAGGUUCGUGCGAGGCCUGCGCUUGCUGGUGCAAGCCUGCCAAUGCUUCUUGCCGUCGCUGUGUUGGUCAAUGGUUCUUCUGGCAGUUUUCAUGUCCAUGGGUGCAUUGGUGCUGGGAAACCUGCUCCUGGAGUUUUCCCAAAGCGACAGCGAAAAUCUGGAAGAUCGACAAUGGGUUUGGCUGCACUACGGCACUGCUUACCGUGCUCUCUACACUCUGUAU